GAGAGAGAGAGAAAAUAAGGAGGAAAUGAGGGAGUAGAAAAGACGUAAAAGAUAGGAAUGAGAAAAGAAUAAGCAGGAAAGAAAAGAAAGAUAGCAAGGAGAAGAGAAGAAGCAGGAAAGAAAAGAGAUAACGAAGAGAAGAAGCAGGAAAGACUUGAAAGAAAAGAAAGAUAGCAAAGAGAAGAGAAUAAACAGAAAAGAAAGGUAGGUAACGUCAUUAUGAGAGUUUUUUCCUAUACAGGAGGAUCAAGAAAAGAAAAGAUGGAUAUAGAAAUUGUAAAUCUGCAAUGGUUUAAGGUAAAUAUAUAUACCAAAUGAGGAAGAGGGAGAGGAUCACAAGGAAGUUGAGCCAAGAGGCCAUGGCGCAGGCCCAACAGGAGGUAAAAGCAGGCAAGCUCAAUCUGCUGCAGGCAGCCCAGGAGUUUGGGGUCCCCAAAACCAGCCUGAGUGACCGAGUCAGUGGAAGGGUGUCCUCUGAUUGUGUCCUGGGUCAGAGGACUCUCCUCACCCCUGCAGAUGAGGAUUCCCUGGUGGAGUACCUCUUGUACUCUGCCAGUCAUGGGCUUCCACUGACGAAGCCUCAGGUCCUGGCCCACGCUCUGGCCAUCUACAACCUCCGCCACCAGGCAGCCCCCAAGACCGGGCUUGGCCAGACGUGGUGGAUAAACUUCAGGGAGCGGCACCACCAUCGCCUGACUGCUCGGACCCCAGACAUAAUUGACCGUGGGAGGGCAUCCUGCGCCAAGAGGGGGCCAAUAGAGGAAUAUUUUAAGUUCCUCACCACCACCCUGGAGGAGCACGGGUUGAGGGAGAAACCCUGUCAGGUUUACAACUGUGACGAGACGGGGUUUCAGCUGGAGGCUACAAGAAGAAAGGUCAUAGUGCCCCUGGGGACAAAACAUGCUUACAGGCAGGCCCAGGGAACCAGGGACCACAUCACCGACCUGGCCUGUCUCAAUGCGGCUGGGGAGGAUAUCCCCCCUUUCAUCAUCUACAAGGGGGGAUAUCCAGGAGAACCCUAUAAUAAAUAA